UGGCGAGGGCGGACCGUGUGACGUAGAGCUGAGGCUUUGGCUGUUUAUUGUUCCUUCCUCAGCACGGAGAGAGAAAAUCAGGCUAACAAGCUGCCAGCUACCUUUUUCACACGGUUCACGGUCGGUUUAACGAAGGUGUAACGGUCGAGACAACUGACUGUACAAAGCAGAGGCCAUGGCGUAUGCGUACCUCUUCAAAUACAUCAUCAUCGGAGACACGGGUGUGGGGAAGUCAUGUCUAUUACUACAGUUCACAGACAAGAGGUUUCAGCCAGUUCAUGACCUCACCAUUGGUGUGGAGUUUGGAGCAAGGAUGAUCACUAUAGAUGGCAAACAGAUCAAACUGCAGAUCUGGGAUACGGCUGGUCAGGAGUCGUUCCGUUCCAUCACCAGGUCUUACUACAGAGGAGCUGCGGGAGCACUGCUAGUCUAUGACAUCACAAGAAGGGACACCUUCAACCACUUGACGACCUGGUUAGAGGACGCUCGCCAACAUUCCAACUCAAAUAUGGUCAUCAUGCUCAUUGGCAACAAGAGUGACCUGGAGUCAAGGAGAGAGGUGAAGAAAGAAGAAGGUGAAGCAUUUGCCAGAGAACACGGCCUCAUAUUCAUGGAGACCUCAGCCAAGACUGCCUCUAAUGUAGAGGAGGCUUUCAUCAACACAGCCAAGGAGAUCUAUGAGAAGAUCCAGGAGGGAGUGUUUGAUAUCAACAAUGAGGCUAAUGGUAUUAAGAUUGGACCCCAGCACCCUACCACCAACUCCACACUGUCCGGUAGUCAGGGAGGCCAACAGGCUGGAGGGGGCUGCUGCUGAAGCUCCAGAACACACCUCCUCCUACGACCCCCACCCUUCCUCCUCCUCCUCGCCCUCCCUGACCCUUCCUUGCAUUUCUACAGAACUGUCCAGGCUCACUAACAGUUUGUUAACCCCUCUCUCUCUCUCUGUCUCUCUCUCUCUCUCUCUCUCUCUCUCUCUCUCUUUUGCUCCAUUCUCUCAUCCAUCCAUCCCUCCCUCUCUGUGUCUUUCUCUCCCUGUCCUUCAGCCAUGUCUUUCUCGUCUCCAGUCUCUUGACUGGAGGCUGCAUUCUCUCAGCCUGACUUCCUACAGUCUCACGAGGAUAGAGUCAGCUCCACCUGCAGAUAUACCGACCAAAUUCUCAAGUUUUACAGUUGACCUUUUUUUUUGUUUGAUAAACAGGUUUUAAUCUUUUUAUUUAAAGACAUCCAUGCGUCUAAAUUCAUGAGGAUGUUGUUGGGAUAUUUCAGUACCUCAGAAUCAUAAAGACCUAUAUUUUCAGUGAGUUGACAGUGAGUUGGCUUUGUCCGGAUAGAGACAGGAUUGUGGGUAGUGAUUAAACACACACGUUUGUACAUGUUUUUAAAGGAAAAUUACACAGCAUGUUGACAGCAGGACAUGUCUCUACAUGUUGAGUCAGUUUUCGUGCUGUGCCUAUGUGUAUAGGGAUGAUAUAGGUAUUCCAGUAUGUCAGUGUGUAAAAUGUAGGAGGCAUUCAAGUCACUUUGUAUUUUCUGUCCAUGAGACAAUGUGCAAAUUAUGUCAUUUUGUGCAUCUUCUCCCUGUUUUUCAUCAUGUUAUUUUGUUCUCUCUCAGUCUUUGUGUCCUUUUCGUUGACUUGCAGAUGAUUUGUAUUUAAUGAACACUACAAACUGGUUGUGGCUUAAAAAGUGUUUUAAAUUGUCUGGGGAGGGAAUAAAAGACCAAACUGUGGAGUGUUAAAAUAGAUCCUUUUCAGAACUAAUUCAGAAGACAGGCAGGACAGUUAAAGAAACAUUGAGGGAUGUUGAGAUCAGUGGCUGCCAUUAUGAAAUUAAAAAAUAAAAGGAAAACAGAUUGGAAAUCAAAACCUUUUUUUUUUAUUAUUGUAAACUGUAUUUAUCAGGCUUAUUUCUAUGUAUAUAUGGCUCUUCAGGUUUCUGUAGCUGUUUUGGCUGUUCAGGGUGAAGCUUGGCAUGCCGUUGUGGUCUAGUUCUGUCUUUACCAGGGGCUGGAAAAGAGACUGUUUUGGACCUCCAAGCAGCUUUUUUACCAUUUUGAACUGUUCUCAUUUAAACCCAAGGGUACUGAGCCACCCUGUUACAUUAGGGUUGGAGGUGCCCUUUCUUUUAAAUGAUGAGUAUGAAUGAUAACAGGGUGUUAACAACGUGAGCGUGCAGAGGCAUUAGAGGUCCCUGGUGGAGAACGGACUCCAGCUGAAAAUGUCAAGCCAUUUCCCAUUUAAGCAAGCUUAAUAUUUUUACCAUGAAUUAGCUGGCAGAUAUACGUAGUGUAUACUGUUCAGAGCUUGAUUGAUGACUGCUGCGACGUUUUUUGCUUCGAGAUCAAUGAUGUAAUAGGCGCCAUUUUACUGUUAUGAUCAUAUUUUACUUCUUCAGUUACGUAUGAUUCCUCCCUCCCUCUCAUCCCCCUUUCUUCUUCUCUUUCUCAGUGUGGUAACAUUCACUCUGUACACAUUUUUAAUGCCAAAUUAAUGUUUUCCUGUGUUUUACCCCACCCCCUCAAAAAAAAAAUAAAAAUCCACCAAGCCCCUAAAAUCUGACCUGAGAUCAGCUGUCUGCCUUAACUCCACCCCCCUGAGAGAUCUGGACAGCUGCUAAAAUGACUCAGACUGGCCCUUUGUCUGCAGAUAGGCAUUUUACCACUAACUAGCUAGAUGACCGUGCAUUACACAUACAUAUAUCCACACAUAGAGAGACAUGUAAAGUCAUAGAAACGGGCCUAGUUUGAAUUUUGUGUAUGAAUUGGGGCAUUUCAGAUGAAUUCAAAGGCAGGUGUGAGCAUUAUUUUCUUCCCACCCUCUCCAUGUGCACACACACCCAACCUGCAUACAGUAUAUGCAUGCAUACGUAGAUGAUGCAUACAUAUAUGUCUGUCUAUCCUAGCUGUUUGCUCUCCAGGCUAACUGUAUCACUGUAGGGAGUUAUUGGAUUUCACAGCAGUGUGAGUGAAUCUGUGUGUUCCUUAUUUUUCUCUCUUUUUUUUUUUUAAUUCCUAGAUAUAUUCAGACAGUUAAUCUUAUUCUGAUGAUGAUUAUUCUUUGUAAAGCAACAUGUUGUGUGUGUGCGUGUGUGGGUGUGCGUGUGUGCGUGCAUGUGUGUGUGUGUGUGGACCCAGAGGGAUUACAGGGGGAGGAUAAAGCCAAAUUGACGCAUCUAUCUAUCUAUCUAUCUAUCUAUGGAUUGAUCUAUCUAUCUUAUCUAUGUGGCCCUCCUCUCUCGCUCUUCCCCUCUCUUCCUGCCUCUCCUCCUCCUCAACAUUAUUUGCUGUGUUUGUUCUUUGGAAAAAAUAAAACCUAAAAAAAUGAAAAAAUGAAAAUGCUAUCACAAUAAACUAUAAUAAAACAUUCUAAACUCUAAA